AGUGGCCCAGUGCGCGUACCCACACGCGCAUGCGUCCCUGCACUGAGAGAAAAGCAGAACGUGUUGUAACAGAUAGAAAGCUUUCCAGUAAACCGUUAUAUCAGCCAGCAGACUUCAUGUCAGUCAGACCGACAGUAAACUACCCUGCGCGGGGUUUGUUUCCGCUACAUUGUUCAGAGGGAUGAGCUUCGAAGCUCAAGUCACAUUACCGCUUCUACCCGUGUGCGCGACACGCAGGCACAGGCAUAUUUCUGGUUUUCCCACGCAGCGAUUGUCACCAAAAGCAACGUGAAAUUGUUUGCAGCGUACUGUUGUACAGGCUCGCUCCACGGAUUAAGCCUCAUCUGUCGGGCAGCACUGCUGGGAGAAGCCCAGGCUCCUUACAUCUGCACCACUGAGGAUUUAAUCAUUGGAAAUGAAAAAGGGAAAAGGAUAACCUCAUGCAUGUGUAGACAUGAGAGGACCAAGGAACACGUGAAGAUGUCCCAGAAAGCAACUAAAACAUGGUGCCUUAGGCUUGUCCCAGUUCUCAUCUUCUUCAUCACCUUCGUCACAUACUACUGUUCCUAUACCAUACUUCAAAGCUAUGGCGGCACCAGCAAGUCUGUGAGCAGUAGCAAGUCGCCGUGUGGUGGUUGGCUAACCCAGAAGAAGUGGGAGAGCCUUAACUUUAACAUUAGCAGACGGACGCAGCUCUUUCUGAAAGUGGAGGAUUUCUUCUGGCAGGAGCAUCUGUCAAACCUGGCAUUGCCUUAUGGCAUUAAGGGCAGUGAGCUGCUGCUACUGAAAGUUCUUGCUGUAAUUGCAAAUUAUCAGUUGCCAGCUAACAUUGAAAACCUUGAAUGCAGAACCUGUGUAGUCAUAGGCAAUGGUUUUGCCAUUAAAAACAGCUCCUUGGGAAGCAUCAUCAACAAAUAUGAUGUGGUCAUUCGGUUGAAUGAUGCCCCAGUGAGAGGCUAUGAGGAAGACGUGGGGAACAAGACCACCAUGAGGUUCUUCUACCCCGAGUCGGCCUCUUACAACCCUGAACUGCACAACGAACCUGGCACGCUAAUGGUCCUGGUGCCUUUCAAGCAGCAAGAUCUACGGUGGCUCAAAGAAAUCCUCUAUAAUGAGAAGAGGGUCAGGAAAGGCUUUUGGAAGCCCCCUCCCCAAAUCUGGUUGGGUGACGUCAAUAAAAUCAGAGUGCUAGACCCACACUUUCUGCACCAGACUGCAGAGAGACUGCUGCGGAUCCCUCUGCACCCCAGGAGUAAACAGAAGCCAGUGCAUCCUACCACGGGUAUCCUCGCUGUGUUUGUUGCUCUCAACUACUGUGAUGUGGUCCACAUUGCUGGUUUUGGAUACCCCAACUCAAAGAGCCAGAGGCACCCUAUCCAUUACUAUGGAUAUGACACCAUGAAAUCUAUGAAGAAUUCCUACCAUGACCUCAAUCAUGAAGGAGAAGCCUUAAAAAGACUGGAGGAUUCAGGAGCCAUUUUGUACCUGCACCCACAUUUACGAUACACAUACUUUUCUGGUUUGAUUUAAUCCAAAAAAAUUAUUGUAUGCCAAAUCGUAUUUGAAUUUGGUGCGGGUCAUCCGACCCAAAUCAGAUCUUAAUGUGCCUUCUGCAGUGGGAUAAGACAUUUUGCUGGUGCAUUAUGUCAUCAUUUGGUGAUAUGGGUGUCACAGAUCGAGCUCUGAAGAAUGUGUAUCUCCCUGGCACCUUAUAUUCUGUAAAACUGACAGGCAUGAAAAGUGAUUUAACUGUUUUUUAAACAGCCUUCCUUCUAUUUGUCAAAUACAAUAACAUUGGUAACAUGGCUCAGCAUUUUGCUUAAUGUUUAAAGGUUUGGGACUUUAAUGGGUUUUGAAUCACGACUUAACUAACUUAAGUUAGUUUGCAGGACACUUACUAUUCAUGUGGUGACCCAGUUGUCUGUUUGCGAUAACCCAGUUCCAGUAAACAAAUUACAACAGAUUUUGGAUAAUUCCAAUGCUUUGAUGUUGCUUUUAGGGCCAUGUGUAGCUCAAAUGUGCUUUUUUUGGGGGGAGGGGGUGUUUAAGAUUCAUUUUCACUUUUAUUAAGUCUGAAUAUAAAAAUCUGUUUUACAGUAAACAGGUGCGUUAGAAUCUAUGGGGAUUUCACUUUCAAUGUAAUUUUGUUUAAAUGAAAGGAAAAUUGAUUGAUUUCAAACCUGAUUUACACAGCUGGAUUAAUUUAACUUUUCUUUUAGAUUUCUUGGACUGAAAAUACUACUUGUAUUUUGCUUUAAACUUAUUCUUUUUUUUUUCAGAAACAAUCCACUGGAUAUUUUGUUAUUGUACAGAAUGAAAUACAUUUUUAAUGAAGAGGAAAUCAAAAUGAAUUUCAUUUGAUUCUCAUUUAACAUCCAUAUAAUUCAUAUAUUUGUCAAUUUAUUUAUGCUCACAUGAAUUAUCGAACAGGCUCAUGUAUCUACUAUAUGGAAAUCACUACACUUGCAUUAGUUGACCUGAGUGAACCUGCACUGAGCUGUUUGGCAUUCAUUUUAAUAUCAGGGUUCACCACUAGAUGGCAGAGAGCCUCUAUUGCAUGCAUAUUAUACAUUAGGUUCGCUACUGCACUGCACAUGGUGCAAUCAUGCAGCAGCCCAUCUUAAAGUGCCUGGGAUAAUGGUAACAACAAACUAGCACAUGUGUUAGGGGACACAUGUACAGUAUGAACAUCUGGAAGACCAGAAAAUGUAUGCACAAUGCUCAUAAUUGACAUUGACUAACAUACAUUUGCUAGCAACAGAUGUUAAUGAUGGUUUCUACUCUCUGUACCCUCUUUUAGUGUUAACAUGAAUGGAGUUGUGCCCUUGGCAUUUAUGAAGUAAGCUUAUUCAUAUGCUGGUACAUCAGCAGUUCAUCAACUGAGAUCAGAAUAUCAGGGUGACAGUAGACAUUUGUUGUGCUUUCAAUCAUAGGGGUGUACAGUAAAUGCUGUAAUAAUACUACUGCUACAGCAAUUACUACUAGGCUACUACUAAUAAUACUAGCUUACGUAAUAUGCCACACUCCCGAUAUUCUGGUGUGUGACUGUGUUCUUUUAUUUACGGUAAAAUCUCAAGUGAUGCACACUUGAGUGCAGUGUUGUAUUUUUUUGAAUAAUGAUGUAGAUGUUCUCCUCAAGGUCAGACUAUAAGAAAGGUACCUUUGUACUGUAAGUAAGAUGUACUGUGCCAGCUUCUGCUGGUAUACUAGCAGAACUCAUGGCACAGCUAUGAAGGGAUGUUUUUACUACCAAGUACUAAGACUGCUAUUGUAGAUUAGCUCAGCUGUGUGUGUUCUGUCCUGCCUAAAUCUGUGUGUUUUGCCUGCAUAUUGCUGAUACAGAGGGCUAUCCUGUUUGCAGCAGGGUAAAGACCACAAUCAUACGCCUACCCUCAUAUUCAGUUCACUAGAACUGUCAAUUGUUGGUGCUAAUGGAUUUUAUUGCCACUGAAAUCCAGUCAGACAGAAAACAAAACAUCCUUUUCAGCACAUUUAAAGCUCAUCAUUUCAGUUUUGAGAACCAUCCAUUAUGUUUGGAGGGGGUAUUGUCUCACACUGUAAGACCAUCCUUUUUCACCCCGUCCUCAUGCAUUCAAACAUGUUUAAAAUGCCACAUAAGCACAACUUCCACAUUGUUCCACAGGUUUGUGCUCUGAUAUAUGAACACAAUGUAAAUGUUCAUUAGGGGUGAAAUUAGAUUAUUGAUAUGCAUUUGUUUUCCCAACAACACAGAGGAAGUUAAAGAAAGAGCCCUAUCAUGUCAUGCUUGAUGGGCUGUGUUCACUUCCCUUACACAACAGGGAGUUACAUAAUUGAACAGGAUUUGUGUGAGUCUGCGGGCUGUUUAUAUGACAACUGAAAAUCAGGUCAGAAUCUAUUGUACUGUAAGCAAACCUUUGAACCCCCAAGUUCAGAGUGUGCUUCAGUAUGCUACAGAAGGAACACGUUAUGUACAGUGCUGUUAACCAAAACAUCUUUACGGUACAGUGAGUGUAGGUCUAUAUGUAUUUUUAGCCUGGGUAGCGCCUGUGCGAAUUAAACUUUUAACCCUGGCACUGAUCACACCGUGGUGCACCAACUGAGCCCUACAAGCCCAAUUUUGCAUGUUAUGGUGUACCAAAUGAGCCCAUGGCUGCACUAAACAAUACGAUUCAUUUGAAAUGCAUAGCUUUGAACUUUCAGGCAGAACCCCAGUACACUAUGACCCUGAAUGCUUUGGUUGUAAUUUUAGAACUCAGAAAUUUAAUAGAAAAACACAUGGUCCGUGAUGAUUGCUGUGCCACUGUGUAAGUGCAGCCUCAUGCAGGCAGAAGCUCUGCCCGUGUGAUCGUUACAGUAUAUCUCAUUACACCAUCUGCUUUCUGCACAGUGCUCUCAGCCUGCCAGUGCAACAUCUUACUUUAAAACAGUUGUUUUCUACUUCGAUGUCAUGACCCUCUGAUAGAUGACACGAUGUUGCAGACUCUGCACAUCAAUGUGGUGAUACUAUAUCUAAUACAUGUUUGUAUUUAUUUUUAUAACAUGUUGAAAAAUUAAAAUGCAUUGAAAGUGAGGGGAAAAAAACCCCACAUCUCUUAUGCAGGUGAGUGGGAUCAGGAGCUGGAACACUCGAGUCAUUCGAGUCGUUGACCUGAUGAUGUCAGGUACACAACGAUCUAGUCAAGACACCUUUUUCUCAGCAUUGUUAAAAAAAAGGGAAAAAAAAGAAAUGAAAAGACACUAUGUAGCUCCCCGGUGUGUCAGCAAGGAACCCAGCGGACAGUUUGUGUGGGAAGAGGCAGAAAACGUACAGUAUUGUAUGUAGCCAGCUACCUAGAGAGAGGGCAUCUGGCUUGGCUCACUGAUAACUCCCCCACAGCCCAGAGAGCUGCCAUGAGUCAGGUGCUCAUGCAAACACAACUACCAUGGGAACUGGGAGAAUGAGUAGGAAAUAAGAAGAGUGAGGGAGUAAAAAAAAAAAAAAAUAAGCCGCUUUUCUCCAGUGUGAGUUUUGCUAGUUCUGCUUUUUCCUUCAUAAAGCUUCUUUCCCUGACUCUCAAGUGGGUGCUGCCUCCAUGUGACAUUGGAUUUUCAGUAUGAUUUCCAUCCAUUCCUCCCUACAGAGAACCUUUGGGCUGAAAAAAAGCAGCAUGUAAUGCACAGUUUUCUUCUGUAACUGAAGAGGACGUCUGUCAAAAAUAGAAACCAACUGAAAAAAGCCCCAGAAUAAUUCAUAACACUUUAUGCUAAGUGGUUCCACGUAUCUGUUGCAGAGCCCAAAAGGUCAGCCAACUCAGCUGAUUUAAAGGCUAACGCGGCAUCAUUGUUUCCUCGCAGGCAGCCAAAGGAACAUUUUAUGUUAGCUCAGUAUUUGUUUUUGCUGUGAACUCAUUAAAAUGACACACCAUUGUGCUUUCAGUGUAAAUAGGCUGCUGAGAUGUAAAUUUGGGUUUGAAUGAUUAGAGCUCUGGACUUACAGUAAAAUAAAAAUGCUUGUGCUUUAAAUUUGGGCAACAUGAAAACACAGAUGUACAUACAUUUGCACCUGAUAUACUUGCUACUCAAAUAGUAAUCUAAUACCUACAGCUCUUUCAGAGAUGACCAGUUGGGCCCAAUAAAUAUGUGCCUACUUUUCUCAAGUGGCCCAUAGCUAACCAAAAGGUGGCAUAUAUUACAUACCACACAGCUUCAGAAUAGACAAUGAUUUAUUCACAACAACUAAAUAACUGCACACUUGUUACUACUGCAAACUUUUCCCAAGAACCUGCAUCAUAUAUUUGUGCAGUGGUGUGGCCAACAAAAUGAGCAUGUAUGCAGAGCCAAUUAUCUUCAGUAUUUUGGAAAAAUUCUAAACAAUUUUAUGAUCAUCCAUACCUAACAGCAGAAACCAGCGCUUAAAUCAGUUCUUUUUUAUUCAGUUCAUUGAUUUUCUUUAUUCAGCCACAGGGUUAUAGACCCAAGGAUUAAAUACAUAUGUUUUUCAUUAAAUUUAAGUCAAGUCUUACUGAUUCAGGUCCAAAUGUUAAGUCUACAGCUCUGGUAGAAACAUGGGAUAAGACAUGACUUAAGCAACAAUGAAUGAAUAUGCAAUAAUUUGUCUGAUGGCAGUGACACAAGCAGAUGAUAUAGUCUGAGCCCCAACCAUCUCAGAAUAUGGGUUGGAGGUUAGAAAAUAGAUUGAGCUGUUUUCCUAACCACAGAAGUAGCCCCUUUCUCAAUGACCUGCAGAUGCAGUACGGAAUACAAAUUACACUGUAUAUGUUUUAUGUGUGUUUGGCUGUGCUGAUUUGUUCUGGCUCUAUGUGCAGAUUUCCACGUUGUUUGUAUUGCUAAGCCAUAUAAGACGGUUAUCCUACUCUACACAUGGAGUGUGACUUGACAAUCCUGUCCUCCCUCUGUUGUGCCAAAGUGGGUGGAGUUUUAUCCUGGCACCACUCUGUCUGUCAGUCUGUUGGUACAUCUGUCUGCUUGUCCUCUAGGACGGGUUGUCUGGACGUGGCAGUGUGUACUGUUCCUCUAUAACACAAGACCCAGUAUUUUAUUUUAUUUUGUGUCACUGGAGAUGGUAAAGGACGUCAAACAUGCUGUAUGACCUAAAUGCAGUACCAGGCAACUUCACACUACAGUGGCAAAGUGGAUGUACAGGCAGGUGUGUGUGUAUGUUUGUGGGGUGUGGGCAUAGAGUCCAUGUCCCCUAGAAUGAUGAACAGGACUAGAGACAAAGAAACAAAAAUCUAACUCACGGCAUGAACAGACUCCAAAGCGGAAUAAGGCCUUCAUUGUUAAAGCCCCUGAAAACUUUUCAAAUCUUGACUAUAUCUCUAUAACACUAAAUAUUCAUGACUAAAUAAUCAACAAAGUUCAGGAGAAAAAACAAAACACACAAGGCAACUCAAAACUCAACUAAUCUGCUUCACCAGGAUGGUGUAGGUGCUUUGAUCAGAUUUAACUGACAAUAUAAGGUUGUGUGACAAGUUAAAAGAUAAUAUACUCAAUCUGUUUCAAGUUAAAAACUGAGUAAAAGUAAAUUCAUGGUCUGUAAUAAGGUUAAAAAGAUACAUUCAUGAAUAGCUCAUAAGAGCUGACUAAAACCAUGAAAUUGUUUAAAGAGAUAAAAUGUUAUUUACUUCACAUUGUUUACUUUAUCCUUUAUUAUUUAAUUUAAGCUGUAAUAGAGCUAUCAGUGAUCUGCUAGCCUGAGAUUGAUUGCUCCUGUCUCCACCCACAUACCUAGGGGAAAUCACAUUCUCACUGAGGAAACACCACCCUAUCACUCUUGUGAUUAUUUCUCACCCUUUUCACCUAUUUUGUUGGUAUUUUACACUGUUAAAGUGGUUGUAAUAAUUUGCUAAUAUGUUUUGAGUGUCAAAAGACACUUGUGAACAAUCCAAGUGGCAAGUGCACUUGUCAUUUUGUGUCAGUUGUGAAUUCACAUUUAAGGGCUGGUCCCAGCAGAAAGUAAUACUGGCGAGCUAACCGCUAACUUACUGCUAAGUUGGUUGGGCUAGUGCUAGUCAGUCACAAUGGCAAAGAUUCUUCUUCUCUAUUUUCUUUUUACUGUUCUGUUUACGCCACCUGGCAUUUUGUUCACCAUUGUACACCUUUUUGUUGUUAUUAAAGAUGGAAAAUAAGGUUGCUAACGGUUAGCUUACAUCGGUCGCUAAUGGGACUAUAAGUUUAUUCAAAACUCCUCUCUCAUAACUGUCUGCGUUCAGAUUUUGAUUCAAAUGUUGCUCAGUGCGGAUUGGUGCAUGGAAAUAGGGGACAUCCUGUUUUUCAACUCAGCCCUGCCCACUUCAAACCAGUGAGAAGAGUGCAGAGAAAUUAAGAAAUCUCUCAUAUGAAGCAAUCAAAACUGUUCAGACUUUGGCAGAAAUGUUGUGCUCAUGUAGGCACCCAUCGCACAUAGUAAGAAGCUAAUUGAGAAAAUAGGUUUUCAGAGUUUUCAAGUAUAUUUCACCACAUGUAAGGACAAAUUUCUUUCUCUUCACAACAGUGUAACAUACCGAUUGACAGAGUGUAAAGUGCACAAAUGAGUGGGAGUGGGUAGUACUGUUAACCAUACAGAUGAAAGCAAAACAAACAAUCAAUGAAUGAAGAAAUGAAUGAAUGAGUUGUAAGGAGUGCAGAAAACCUUUGACUUAGCUGUAAAUAUUAAGUUUUAUUAGGGCGAUAUGGGAUUUGAUUGCCAUGGUCUGAAUAUACCUAUUUAUUUGUACAAUUUUUAUUGUUUGUUGCCAGAUCUUAAUAAUGUGGUCACUGGAGCUAGGGCAAUACUGGGGCUUGGGCAACCUUAUAUAACUUUUAGAUGAAGACUUCCUCUAUGCAGUAAAGAGACAGCCUUUUUACCCCCAAUGAAACCAGACAUACAUGUAAGAGUAGAGAAUCCAAGACAUCAACUAUAAUAGUGCAUCCAAUGUUUAGACUUUCAACCUCCACAAUAGUCAAUAAAAUAACACAAGAGCUACUGGAGCACAUUAUGAGCUAACUUAUUGCAGGACAGAUGCUACCUCCUCCUCACUCUGGAAACAGAGAGAUAGAUAAUGUUCAAUUUGCACUCAUUAUUAAUUAUAUAUAAAGAUAUAUUUAUCUAUCAUAUCUAGUUUUACACAAUACCACUGCUCAUUACAGCUCAUCACAUCAGACAGCAGAACAGCUAUCAUAAAUCUCACCAUAGGCAAGCACAUUUUCAGAGAAAUUGCACCUUAUUCACCUCAUUCCUGAAUAUUUAUUUUCUUUUACCACUGAAUAGUUUUUCUAUUUGUACUACAUUUACACGUGACUGAUAUGGUGACACCAGCAGGGUACAACAGAGACAGUCCCUUAUGUUUCUUGUUCCUUUAUGGCACACAAAGAGUAUUUGUUCUGACACAUGGGAGCGCUUCACUCAUCAGAUUGUGUUGACUGUAAAUCCGGACGAAUGUUUGCAGAAGAGUGAUGAUGGGCUCUGCCAUGCUACGCAGGAUCUUACUGUUAUUGUUAUAUACAGAUAAAUAAAAGUCUGUGUGCAUGCAAAUAUUGUCAGCUUGAGGCAAACAUUGUUUUUUUUCAUCUUUCUUUGCCUCUGCCUCUCUCUUUCUCUCUGAAAUAGAUUCAGAGCUGCUAUGUAUAAUUGCGCGGCAUAUUGCACUCUUAUGGGAAAAUGUUUUUUUUUUGCUUGUAAUGUGCCCUUACAUAAUAGUGUGUUGUCACUUUUUCAAUAUCCAAUCAACUUUUUUGGAGUAAGCUGAAGCUUUUUGUACCUGUCAACCACCUCUCGAUGUGGUAAUGCCCACCCACGUUAUCAAGAGGUCAAUUCUCUCUUUCUCCCUCUCCCUGUCUGCUCGUAAUACAGAGGCUUGGGUAAUGACCAUACAAAACAAUGUAAAACUACUGCCAGAAGUGGAUGGUUUCAUAAUGCCUCAGAAUUAUUUUUUUCCUGUCUAAAUGAUAUUCAUAAGUGAAUACUCUGAGUAGGACAAAAGAGCUCCAAAAUCCACUCGUCAGCACAGUCACAGUAAUGGGAGUGUCUAUUUUGUAUACAGGUUUUGUGCAGUUUUUGUGAUUGACAGUACAAAUAUCACAAGAACACUUUUGUUGUCUUAUUUUAAAUGAACUCUUGCGCUUUCAGAUGACACAAUGGGCAAAUUACAUUAGAAAAAGAGUGAAUAAAGAGGUCAUACCAUGCCUCAGAAAGCAUAGAUUUCAAAUUCAUAAUACCAAAAUAUGCUGUAUGCCUUAUUCUGUUGAGCAACCAAGAUUUCUGUAGACUAUUUUUUUUCAUUUUCAUCACAGCCACUGUCUCUACGUUUAUUUUCCAUAUUCCUGUCUCAGAUUUGCCAUAAGCACAUGGAGAACAAGGCUCUCACUGUACUGUAAGCUCAGUUUCUGCCAUCUGGGGAUACCUUGAGUGAUUCAAGCCUUCUUCUCCCUGAGCCCUUAAAUGACAGUGACAGAUGAUGCUGUCAUUAGAAGCAGUGAAGCUCAUCUACUGGUCCUAUUUGCUGAUUUCUGUGAACUGAAUCCCUUUUUUUAGCCUGCUCCAUAAAAGGCACAGGCAGUAAAGAAAUGUUUGCACCCUGUAGACCUCACUAAGUUAAUAAGAUUGAAGAUCUCUAAUGUAAUGCAAUGUGUUGUGCCCCAUGUAACCAUGACCGGCAGCAUAGCAACAAUAAAUCGUGUUGUGUCUACAAACCA